AUGCGUUUAAGUUUACAAAAAUCUGAAAAUGAAUGUAAAACACGUGAUAAUCAAAUUCAUACAUUACAAGAUGAAAUUGCUCAUAAAGAUGAAACAAUAGCUAAAUUAACACGUGAACGUAAACGUCUUGAAGAACAAAAUUCUAAAACAACUGAACAAUUACAAGGUGAAGAAGAUGAAAACGCGAAAAAAAAAGCUCGUGCUGAUUUAGAUAAAUCAAAACGAAAACUUGAAACUGAUUUAAAAGCAUUACAAAGUAAUUUAGAAGAAGUAGAAAAAUCCAAAGGUGAAUUAGAAGAAAAUAUUAAACGUAAAGAUCAAGAAAUUCAACAAAUGGGUGGACGUCUUGAAGAUGAACAAGGACAAGUAACAAAAUUAGAAGAAGAAAUAGAAAAUGAAAGACAACAACGAGCUGAUUUAGCAAGAGAAAUUGAUGAAAUUAAUGAUUAUUUAGAAGAAGCUGAUGGUGCAACAUCAUCACAAUUUGAAAUGAAUAAAAAACGUGAAUCUGAAUUACAAAAACUUCGUCGAGAUUUAGAAGAAGCUAAUCUUUAA